CGAAAGCCCGUUUCGGGCCGGUGGCGACAGGUCUGUGGGCUCAAGUGGUCUCCAUCAGGACGACAAUUGGCGAGUGGAGGCAACGAUAAUGUUAUUCACAUAUGGGACAGGUCUAUGGUCUCUACAAAUUCACCGACCCAUUGGCUUCACAGGUUUGAGGAGCAUAGAGCUGUUGUGAAGGCACUAGCAUGGUGUCCCUUCCAGGUGAAUCUACUAGCUUCUGGUGGAGGUGGGGGUGAUCACUGCAUUAAGUUCUGGAACGCCCAUACAGGGGCUUGCUUGAACUCUGUUGACACAGGCUCGCAGGUGUGCGCUUUGCUAUGGAACAAGAAUGAGCAUGAGUUGCUUAGCUCGCAUGGUUUCACCCACAACCAGCUCUCUCUUUGGAAAUACCCUUCAAUGGUGAAGAUGGCAGAGCUCAAGGGCCAUACCUCCAGGGUGUUGUUCAUGGCGCAAAGUCCAGAUGGGUGUACUAUGGCCCCUACAGCAGGGGAUGAGACGCUGAGAUUUUCGAAUGUUUUUGGAACGCCACAAGCUUCCAAACUAGCGCCUAAAGCUGACACUAAGCCCUUUGCUCAUACGAACCGUAUUCGUUGAAUAUGCAUGUAGAAUUUCUGCGAGCCCGAGACUGUGAGUUGUGCAGAUAUUCUAGACAUUGUAUUAAUUUUUUUUAUUUUUUAACUUUCAAUAUUACCUUGAGCAUUUUUUUGUA